AUGGAUGAUGACAAGCUGAAAAUAUUAAAAACUGAAGUGACAAGUAUAUUAAGUUCAUCUGGUACACCGCUAACAGUUCGCCAAUUUGUCAAGGAAUAUAGAGAUGUGAUUGGUAGAAGUUUCCCAUGGGCACAAUAUGGUUUUAAAACUGCAAAUGAUUGUUUAAAAUCUAUGCCUGAUAUACUUACUUUUAAAAAAAAUGAGUGUGGAGACAUAUUGGUUCCUGUUCAAAGUAAUUCAUCCCACAUAACUAAAUUGGUUCAAGAACAAAAAAAGAAUUCAAAAAAAGGUCCUAUCAGAAGACCAAGACCUGUCCAACUUCCAAGAGAUGACCUUAGAAAUGAAAUAAAGCCAUUAAAACAGAUAGAAGUGCCACAGCAUCCUCUUACUUUCAGAGGUUGGGAGACUCAUCAAACAGUCGUCCCAUCUUUAAUGAGUAUCCCUACAUAUCAACAUCAACAAAACUUUUCUUAUACUUCUCGCGAAUAUUCUCAGAUGUCUCACAAUCUUUGGAAUAUAGAUCAGAUGCCACUUGUUCUGAAUACUUUUUCAACUUUGAAAACUGAAUAUACUCGUACAAAGCUACCUCUUAUUCCAAAAAAGUCUUCCUUGAAUGAGGUUCAGGAGUUAAAGAAAUUAACAAUGCCUAAUGGCUAUUGUACUGAUGGAGGCAAGAGUUAUAUUGGGAGCAAAAGUAAUGAAAUUUGUGCUAAUAUUGAAGGCAAAUCAAGAGAUGAAUUAUUUGAGAAUAAUUAUCCAAUAGAGAGUCAUAGUUUAGUUAAAGCUGACAAUAGUAAAGUUGACAAUCCUUCAAAAGCUUUUGAUAAUUUAGAAGAUGAAGAAGAAGAUAGUUGCCCAAUUGGAGAAAAAAUGAAAGAAAAUUUCAGGAAAAUACUUAAAAAGCAUAAGAAUGGCCUUUUAGUUUCAAAACUUGCUUCUACAUAUUUGAAAAUGUUUGAUAUUGGAUUAAAUUGUCAAGACUAUGGAUUUCCCACAAUUAAAGAUUUAGUUAUGUCAUGCCAUGAUGUUUUUAAAAUUCAGCAAAAGAAGCAUGCCAAGGACUGGUUACUUUUUGAUGUGAAUAAUGAAUCAGAUGAUUCUACUCGGUGGAUUCCGAGACAAGUUCUUGAAAAUAUGCAAGAAUUAUCUCUUGCAAACCCAGAUGGAAUAAUAAGUGAUGAUAUUCUGAAACGGUAUAAGAAAAUGUUCAAAGUUGAGUUGGACGUAAAAAAACUUGGAUUUGAAAGUGUAACUUCAUUUUUAGUGAACUGUCAGAGUAUUGAAUGUUGUACUAUUGAUGAUGAAUAUGUUGUAUUUCCCAUGAAGUGGGGUAAAAAGGUAGUUGAAGAGCUUGAGGAUUCAGCUACUGACCCCUUCCUUUCAGUAGAUACAUACUCUAUUUUCUCAAAGAAGCGUUUUCAAGAAAAUGUAUGUGGUUAUGACUUCCAAUAUGAAAAGUGCAUCAUGCCUAAAGCAGCAAUCAUGAAAGUUAUAGUUGCGGAUUGUAAUAGUCCUGAUUGUUUAUGGCUCCAGACUCUUGAUAGUGCUGCUUCAUUAAACAAUUUAAUGUAUGAACUUAACACUUUUUAUGAUGAAGAAGAGGAACAUUAUAUGAUGAAAGAAGACAUGAUUCACCCUGGCCUGGCUUGCUGCAUUAAAUUCAAUGAUAAACAGUGGCAUAGGGGAAUAAUUCAAAAGGUUUUAGAAAACUCACAAUCAGUGAAGGUCUUAUACGUUGAUUACGGUACCUCUUCUUGUAUCUCGUUUAAAGAUUUGAGAACUCUUCAUAAAAAAUUUGCUGAACCUCCUAUAUAUUCAUUCAAAUGUAAUAUGUAUAAUAUCAAACCUAUAAAUAAUGAAACAUGGACCAAAGAAUGUCUAGAAUUCUUUUAUCAGUCUAUAUUCAAUGAAAUAUUUGUUGCUGAAAUAGUGGAGAUCAUCAAUGAGGUAGCAUCGGUGAUGUUAGUUGACACAAGAGGUUCAGAAGAUUGUGUGAUAAACUUUAUGUUAGUUGAAAAUGGUUUUGCUGCUUAUCUGGUUGAUAAGUCACCACCACCAAGUGAUUAUUAUAGAUCUGGAAGUCAUAUACCAAACAAUCUUACUGAAAAAGAAUCUAAUUCUGUUCAUAAGAAUUCUCUUGGAACUCAUCCAGAUUAUUUUCUAAAACUUUUGCCUUACUGGUUUAAUGGUGUAGAAAGUUGGAAUGAUAUCAACCAUAUUUUUGAACAGGCUAGUCAUGAAUUUUUUAAUGAAUCGAGUGAUGACAAUUUGACUGAAAUAUUUGAUUAUUUUUCUUCAAAUAAGUGUACUCAAAACGAUGUACUUGAAUUAUUUAUGAAGAAACCAAAAUUAAUAUGUGACGCUUGGAAUCAAACAUAUUAUUCCUUAAUUGAUUUAUUUGAAAACAAGUUCCUAGAAAAUAUACAAACUGAAUUAUGGAGUAGCAUAGGUUACAAUUCUCAAUUACAAAAUGGCAAUAGCGUUAUAAAUCAUAAUACUUCAGAUAAUGCAAUUAAUUCAACUCUUAAGGCAAGCUUUGAAAAAGUUGAGAUAAGUUCUAAUAAUUCAAGUAUUCCAAUUCCCCCUAGCCUUGCUGAUAAGAGUGAUAACUAUCAUAGUAUUGAUGGAUGCCAUUCUCCAUACCAGUCAUAUUCCGAGAGAGAAGAUUAUUAUAGUAAAAAUUGUAAUAAUAAUAACUCACUGAGGGAUAUCCAUAGUUCCUCAGAUGUUGUUAAGGAUGGUAGAGACCCAAAAGUUAUACCUGCAAAUUUGUUCAAUACAAUAAUACAUUUGAUUAGAUAUAAUUCUGAGAUAUAUAUUAUUAUGGAUGAACUACUUACCAAGUUUGCAAAAGGUGUACCAUCAAUGUUGGCCAAACAUAGGCUCUACCAACAUCAAAUCAAUGUGGCUCCAUUUAUUGUAACACCAGACCACAAACAGCUAUAUGCUGAAUUAAAGAGGCACAGAAUCAACUCUAAAAAUGGCCCAGUCUCUUUGGUGCCCCUAUCAUUAUCCAGUGAUAUAUUGCUUGCUGUCGAACCAAGAAAUAAAACUGUUGCAGAAGUUUUGAAUGUAAGAAUUUCUAUACUAUUUUUGUAGAUAUUUUCUAUUAUGAUUCAUGUUUUUAUUCUUUAUUCCACUAAAUAUUUAUUACGUUGCAUCUAAUUUUUAUCUUAAAUAUUUUUUUGUCAUGUGAUACUUCCUAAACUUUAUAAAGGCUAAGCUGAAGAGUAAAUUUUAUCGUAUUUUUGCAUUGCUGUAAAUUUUACAUUUUCAUCCUUCAAACAAAAAUGAAAAUAGUGAGCAGUUAUUAUUGAAAUUGUAAAGUUAUAAAAUGUUUAGUUUUCAAUCAUUUGAAAUCAUCCAGACCAUGUUGGUAUACAUUUCUGAUUUUUAUCAUACCAGUUACUCUAUUUAAUGGUGAAUUCAAACAUGUUGAAAAAUUUUUAAGGUUCAUACUUUUUUCUUGGCAGUCUUUUUGAAUUUACUUUUCAACUAAAAAUAUGUUUUGAGGAAAUAUCUCUAACUCUGGUAAUUAUGCAGGUUUAAAAUCAAAAUUAAAACAAAAAAAAAAAGAGAUCAUGUUUCACUAUCCAUUUUCUACAUCCCCUAAGUUGUUAGGAAGAAAAUGGUAAAAAAAAAAAAAUUGACAACUAUAAAAUGAAAGUCAACAUAAAACAUGAUUUUAGGGCUAUAAAAGUGUAAUAAUAAAAAGAUUCUUGAUUUUCUUGUUUAAUCCAAAAAUUGUUAUCAAUACAUAAAUUCUAUGGAAGCUACACCACUUUUUGCUGAAGUGACAGCCAACCUUAUCACCUGUAAUUGUAAUUGUAAAAAAAUAUUUUUCAUAUGAAUGUGUAAUUUUCAUUUUUGUAAUCAAAAUGGGUUCUAUCCAACAUUUUUAUGUUAUUGAAUUCCUUAUGGACAGUUUUCAGUUUCUCUCAUGUUGAUAUAGAUGGCUUCUAUUCAUCCACAAGGAAUUUAAUAGCAUAAAAAAAUAAUAUAGAAUCUAUUUUUAGAAUAAUAUUCCCCAUUUACCGAUCACAAUUACAGUUGAUAAGAUUAAAUAGUGAGGUGCUUACACAUGGUAGUUAAUGGGAUAGUAUAUAGUAGCUAUCGCUGUCACAAAAACUUACAUAACUAAUAUAUAAUUUCUCUGAUGAUGCCCUAAGAUUUUGAUGAUGAUGCCCCAUCGUAACUUUAUACUGUAUGCUGCUGAUGCAUCAUUUAGAUACCACAAUUUUCAGCCAUAUUUGAUACAAUAUAAUUCUCUAACCGAUUGAGUCAGUCACCAAAUUUGUGCGAUAAAUUCUCAUAAAUAAUCAUCCAAAAAUGUAUUGAGAUAUAAAACAUAACUUUCAUGUUUUUUCGCCCUGAACUCUCAUAUUCUAAAUCAAAACUCACUGAAAAAGACUUGACAGUUUUUGGAAAUUCGUAUUUUAAAAGAGCAAGGUUUUCAAGAUUAAAAUUUCUUCAGCAAAUAGUGCUGUUAUCAGUCUAUACACUAAACAAAUUGGUGAUACUAUUUUCAUUAUUACACUUUUACAGUGCUAAAAUUCAUUAUUUUAUGUUGAUUUUCAUUUUGAAGUAAUGAUUUUUUUAAACUAUUUUUCUCACUACUCAGGGAAUAGAUAUUGUGAUAAUUAAAUUUUAAGAUAAUACAAUUUUAAGCCAUAUUUUUAGCAAAAAUGUGAGAAUUAAAGUAGGAUGGACAUGAUUGAGGCUGACUCAAACUAGGCUGCAGUAUUUGUUCCUUUUGUAAUAUUUAAUGAACGGCAUGAAUUUUUCAGCAUACAGUACACGGAUAGAGCUAUAAAAGAAAAAAAAAAAGAAAAAUCAUUAAUGAGUCCUAUCAUUUUAAACUUUUAAAGCGCUAAAAGUCUUGUUUUAUUUUUAUGCUUACCAUUUUUUGAAACCACUUUCCUUCCUCCUUCCUUCUUGUGUGGCAUAUUAAAAGACAAAAAAGUAGAAAAAAUCAUCAUAAUUUUAUUUUUGAUUUGAUAUAGCCAAAAUUACCAGAGGGAAGACAUUUCCCAAAAAACUUGAGCCUGUACAUAAAUGUUUUUAUAAACUUUCAAUAAAUUAUACCAUAGAUGAUACUUAAAACUAUUGUUUAAAAUUCAUUUUCAGGAAUUAAUAAAUGAAUGCUAUUCAAGUCAUGAAUUCUGGUCAACUUAAAUAUAAUACAGUCAUUUAACAUUUCUUACUUGGUAGAUUAAUGAUGGAUACAGGAAUAAGCUAAUAAUAAGAAUUUUGUAAUUAAUGUGUUUCAUGUACAUUUUUUUAAAAAUUGUGUUCAUUGUUUUGAAUCACAUGGCUGUGAAGAAGUGAUUGAUAAGAUAAUUCUUAUCCUUAGAUGUAAUGAUUUUCCACUAACACUUUUUUUUUGUUAAUGAGAAUGUUCGACAAUACCCUAAUGCUAAUCUUCAUAAUCAUUCAGAUUAGAUUAAGCAACAGGUGUUCAUAAUUAACUAAUAUGCCAUGGAAGUUUUAAUGAAUUAAGUUUCAAACUUAGAAAAAUACAUAAUAAUAUUUUUUACAUUUUGAUGACUUUUUUACUAACUGAUAAUCUAGUUCAAAUAGUAUUUUUAUAUUAAAAUAAGGAUUUUUUUGUUUGAAAAGAAUAUUUUCACAUACUAUUUCACUAUAUUUGAUAGUAGUUAUAGUUUUAUUUUUGUUAUAUACUUUCAAAAAAUUGAUUGUAAAUAUUAUAUCCAUUAAAAUUGUUAAAUAGGUGAAAAAUUAUUUUAGUAAAUGAUGAAAAUUUUGUUCUUAUUAUUUUAUGAAGAUUGCUGUUUUAUGUUUUAGUUUUAUGAUUGUUAAAUGUUUCUGAUAAUAAAAUUUUUCUAAAUAA